CCCCACACACAUUCAGGGGAUAAUUAUCCCCACAGCUAGCCCAAGUUUCAGGCUGCAACAGCAGUGCUGAAGAAUGACCACCUGCGAUCUCUCCCUGCUGUCAAGAAACCAAUAUGAGGUGUCACACCACAAAUAUUGCUUAAAUCACCCUUAAAGCUUUCCCAUUUUUUUCCAAUUCUCCAAUAUUUUGGGGAAUGGCAAUACCCCAGUGUUGCCAUUUAGUCCCACUUGUCUGUGGGAGUCUUUCCUUUGCCUACAAUGGACUUCGGGUCAGGUACCAGGUAGGGCUCUACAGGCUGUUACACACAAAUGCUGAGUCCUCUGUGAAUUCUUUGAUCUUACCAAAGUUCUUCAGGGUGGCACUUUUCUAGGGCCUUUUCCCCAGAACAGCUUUUGAGGAGCUCCUGGUCUUUUUGCGCAGAUACAAGCAACUGCUGCCCUUAUGCAGCCAUUUUAUAGAUGUGUGUGUGUCUGCUGUGCUGUAUGUCCUUCUCUUCCGGCUGGUCUGAUCAUCAAACAUAUAGCUUCUCUCCAGCCCCAAGUAACUGAUAAUAUCUGAGUAAGAGACAGCUCCCUCCUGUGGGGAAAAAGCUUAACUGUGAAGAUGAUAGAUCCACUAGCAAACAACUUAUUUGAUCUUCCUGAGUAUGAUGCUACAGAAGAUGAAACAUUUCCACCUCUUCCACCUCCUUCCUCCCCAGGGAGAGAUGAUGUUGAAGGAGCCCUCACCAAUGAAGAGCAAGAUGGAAAUAAACCAUCCCAAACAAAGGAUUCUACUGUGUCUACACAGAAAGCAACUAAAAGGCCGCUACCUAAAUUAGAUGCUCAAAGGUUAAUUUCAGAGAGAGGACUCCCAGCCUUGCGACAUGUAUUUGAUAAUGCAAAAUUUAAGGGUAAAGGACAUGAGACAGAGGACUUGAAGACACUUUUGAGACAUAUUGAACACUGGGCUCAUAGGCUGUUUCCGAAACUGCAGUUUGAUGAUUUCAUUGAGAGAGUAGAAUAUUUGGGAAAUAAAAAGGAAGUUCAAACCUGCUUAAAGCGAAUUAGACUUGAUCUUCCAAUUUUACAUGAAGAUUUUCCAAGUAAUGAAGGUAGUAGAGGGGGAAAUAAUGCCCUCAAAAUGUCUCCUGAAGAAGAAUUAGACCCCUUUUCUGAAAAUGUGAAGGAAGAAUUUGAUUCUCACUCAAGUACUGCCCUAACAGAGGAGCAACAGCGAAGAAUUGAGAGGAACCGGCAACUAGCCUUGGAAAGAAGACAGGCAAAGAUGCAAUUUAACAGUCAGUCACAAGAAAAUGAUCUGUUUGCCACCCAGCCAAAUGAAAAUUUUAAAACAAUUGAGGCUCAGGAUGCAGAUGACCUGACAGAAGUAGAAAUUCAAGCUGCUGAAGCCAAAGGUGCUGAUAUGGAAGCUGUGGACAAAGAUAUACAACUUAAAUGUGCAGAAGAAAUCAAAUAGCCUUUCUGUCUGGAUACAAUGAUGUUUUAGAAGGACCCAGAUAUCUUAAUAUGCUUAAGUGUCAUUGACUUCUCUUCCCCCCUACCCUUGGACAUUCUAUGGAAAUCUUAUUCAUGACAUCAAUGUAGCUGGACAAAAUUAAUCAGUUUCCCUGUGUAAAAAAGCAGAUAGCAGCUCUAGUAGCUAUUUUCUCCAACACCUUAAUUCAGGAAAGGAAUAUAACUACACUACAUUUCAACUGGUUUUUAAACUAGCUUUUUCCACAGUGACAAAAGGUAUCAGUGAAAACAGACAUUAAUUUCUUAGAACUAUACUAUGAAGUGAUUUUUUUUUUUUACAAUUGACAUUCCUCAAGCUUAACUUACGUGGUCUUGAAAGCCUGAGUUUGUAUAAAGUUUUUUACAUCCUGUUAAUUUUUUUUUUUCCAAUAGAACAUAAGUGAUGGUUCAGUGUCAGGAACUUCUUGCUUAGUAUGAACAUUCACCCUGUCUUAACUGUUCUGAAGCAUUUUGUAACAAUACUUCGUUUUGAAAUACUUAUUUUAGUAAAUUAUUUUAUACAGCA